AUUCCCCUCAGUGUCGCCCGGUGAUGACGCAGGGUGAGGGGAUGGCGGCGGGCUCGGGCUCGGGCUCGGGGACGGUGUCGGUGACAAAGAAGAUCCUGAUCAAACAGGAGGACUGCUCCUUCCUCCCCAUCGUCCACGACAUCAUCAAAUGCAUGGACAAAGACAGCCAAGAUGUACACCAAGAGCUCAACAAACUGAAAACAAAGCUGCAGGAGACUCGGGAAAUGAUUUUGGCAAUGCCUGGAAUUGACCUCAGUCCUGAGCAGCAGCAGCUUCAGCUUCAGAAUUUGCGAGACCAGGUUCGCACAAAGAAUGAACUUUUACAGAAGUACAAGAGCCUUUGUAUGUUUGACAUCCCCAAAACAUAGGAAAUGGCCAGCCAGCAGCAUCAAGGAACAUAUCCAUUGUAGAUCGGUUUUUUUUACGUAUGAGUUCAUGACGACAGAAAUACGGACAAGCCUGUGUGCUUAGUAAUGGCUUAUUGAAUAUACCUUCUUUAAAUUAUAAGCCUAAUGUUUAAUUUACUACUUGGAGUUAUCUAUUGAUUUAUCAGAAUAUGUGUGCAUUGUUUUUCUAGUCACUAGUAUAUGUGAUAUGAGCAACUAUAUUUACUGAAGGAAAGCUUAUUACUGGUAAGGCUUCCACGAGUAAUGUAUGAAAUAAAAAAAUUACUGGUCUGUAAUGCAUUGUCCAUGCAAUAAUAUAUUGUUUUAGCAGUAAACUAAUAUGGAUUUAGUUAGCUGGUGUACAAAUGCAGAUUAAGUAUAUCCUCUUCAACCCAAGAACUGGAAUACAGAGGUAUAGUGUGGUGGAACCUCACUCCCAUAUUAUCUUUUGACAGUAGAUUUGUAUUUUUAUUUAAAGUUAAAAGAUCUUAUGCUUCCAAAGUUGGGUGUUACGAAAAUGGUUUGACAUUCAAAAUUGAUGAAUAAAUAAUGAAUUCAAGAACAA